AGUUUGCGGGGCGGGAGGGGAGGGGGGCGCAGGAGUCUUCGCCUUUGCAGGGGAAGGAAGGCACCGGAAGGGAGCCCUCCGCACCGAGAAGGCGGGACUCCCUCCCGCCCAGGCCAACGUGCAGGAGAUGCCAAGCCGCCGCCGCCGCUGAGAGCCCGGCGCCCCGAUGCCCGCCCAGGUCACAUUGGGGGCCCCACGGCGGUGUCGAUUGAUGUGGACGCUGGGGCCCACGUUUUAGCGGAGGGCUACAUGCUGCUGCUUUGGCUGCCAUCAUGCUGAAGGUGUGGACCUCCUGAUCCUUGGAGGUCUGGAUCUCCCAAGGUCCUCUCCGCUCGACCAGCCAUGGGAAGCUGCUUCUCCAAAUCCAAGCCAGUCGAAGUGAAGAUCGAGGUGGUCCUGCCAGAGAAAGAGCGGGCCAAGGAGGAGAUGUCGCCCAACGGGAAGGCCAGUCCCAUCAUCUACAAGGCCAACGGCACCUCGCGGCAUUACCAGCUGGAGGAACACCCCAUUGCCCUCAACCCUUACCGGAACUUGAAGGACGUGGUGGAAGCCUCCGUCUGUUACGUCAAAGACCUGGACAAUGGGCAGAUGCGAGAGGUCGAUCUGGGCUGUGGCAAGGCCUUGCUGGUCAAAGAAAACGGGGAGUUUUAUGCUAUGGGUCACAAGUGCCCUCAUUAUGGUGCACCGCUGGUGAAAGGGGUUCUGUCCAAGGGACGCAUUCGCUGCCCCUGGCACGGGGCCUGCUUCAACAUUGGCACGGGAGACAUCGAAGACUUCCCCGGCUUGGACAGCUUGCCCAAAUUUCAGGUGAAAAUCGAGAAAGAGAAGGUGUACAUUCGAGCGAGCAAGCAGGCUCUCCAAACACAACGGCGCACCAAAGUGAUGGGCAAGUGCAUCUCCCUCAGCAACUACAGCAUCAGCAGUACCAACGUGCUCAUCAUUGGGGCAGGUCCCGCUGGAUUAGUAUGUGCCGAAACUUUGCGGCAAGAGGGCUUCUCAGAUCGGAUUGUGAUGUGCACCAUGGACAGACACUUGCCUUAUGACAGACCCAAGCUAAGCAAGUCAAUGGAUUCCCACACAGACCAGAUUGCUUUGCGCCCCAAAGAAUUCUUCCGGACCUAUGACAUCGAGGUCCUGACCGAAAUGCAGGUGGUGGCUGUUGACAUCAAGAACAAGACGGCGGUCUUCAAGGACGGGUUCAAGAUGGAGUAUAACAAGCUGCUCCUUGCAACCGGGAACACGCCUAAAACCCUCAGCUGUAAAGGCAAGGAAGUGGAGAAUGUGUUUACCAUCCGGACCGUGGAAGAUGCCAACCGGGUAGUCAAGCUGGCCACCAGCAAGAACGCCGUAGUUGUCGGAGCCUCGUUCCUAGGCAUGGAAGUGGCAGCCUAUCUCUCCGAACGAGCCCACUCCGUCUCGGUGGUGGAGCUGGAAGAGGUGCCUUUCAAGAAGUUCUUUGGAGAGAAGGUUGGCAGGGCCCUCAUGAAGAUGUUUGAGAACAACCGAGUGAAAUUUUACAUGCAGACCGAAGUGUCAGAACUGCGGGAACAGGAGGGCAAGCUAAAGGAGGUGGUGCUGAAGAGCGGCAAAGUUCUCCGGGCUGAUGUCUGUGUCAUAGGCAUAGGUGCGACCCCGGCGACUGGCUUCUUGAAGCAGAGCGGCAUCCAUGUGGACUCGAAAGGUUUCAUUGCGGUGAAUAAGAUGAUGCAGACCAGCAUCCCGGGUGUUUUCGCAGCCGGAGAUGCUGUUGCGUUCCCGCUGUCGCUACGGAAUAACAAGAAGGUGAACAUCCCUCAUUGGCAGAUGGCGCACAUGCAUGGACGCAUAGCGGCACUAAACAUGUUGGCGCAUGGGACUGAAAUCAGCACCGUCCCUUACCUGUGGACAGCGAUGUUUGGGAAGAGCAUCCGCUAUGCAGGUCAUGGAGAAGGGUUCGAUGACGUGAUCAUUCGGGGAGACUUGGAUGAACUGAAGUUUGUAGCCUUUUACACCAAGAAUGAUGAAGUGGUCGCUGUGGCCAGUAUGAACUAUGACCCUCUAGUCUCCAAAGUCGCGGACGUCAUGGGCGCCGGGAGAACCAUCCGGAAACGAGAUGUGGAGCUCUUCAUCCGCUAUGGCAAAACCGGAGACAUGUCUUGGCUAACGGGAAAAGGAUCCUAACAGCCCCAGAAGCAAGGGCCCAGUUUUCCAAGGGCUUGGCCAUCACUCAAAGAUGGAGGAUCCCUCCACAACUGUGACUUUGAGGAAUCAGGCGCUUCCCUCCGCUCUUUCCCUGAGCCGGGUUCUUUUUCUUCUCUUGCCAUCCCGAAUCUCCCACGCUUGGGAACAUCCACAUUGGAGAUCCACCUGCACUUUAAGAAACCCCAAAGACCAGGCAGAAAGUGGGGGGGGGGGUGUUGGGUCUGUCUUUGGGGGUCUCACUGGAUAUGUACUUGUGGGAGGCAAAAAGGAGCGUAAUGCCCCCCACAAGAGAAGAAUUCUGCCCCCUUCAAGAGCUGAGGCCCUAGUGCCCUGUUCUGCAUUUCAUUGCCCUAUCCCCCUUUGUCUUCGCCUCCCCACAUCCAGCCUCUCCCAGGCAUCUUGGGCCACAGUCUCCAUCAUCUGCAGUUGACAGAGACGAUGGGAGAUGUAGUAGCCCAGACUGAAGAAGACUGCUUUCCCGUGUCGGUUGAAACCCUCAGCUGACUUUGCCACAUGCGUCAUGAACCAUCUCUUUUUCUAGGUUCUUAAUAAACUAAUACCAUGCCGCUUUGGUUUCACUUGC